AUGUAUGCUGCAUUGCUUCUGUUACGCUACCUCAAGACAACACCGGGGGAAGGAAUACUUCUAUCUUCCAGCAGCUCGCUACAAUUGACUUGUUAUAGCAGCUCUGAUUGGGCCAGUUGUCCGAUCACCCGCAGAUUUAGGAGUCAGCUCAUCAUCAACCGGUUGCUCUUCAUUGUGAUAAUCUGGCUGCACUGCACAUCGCUGCAAAUUCGGUCUUUCAUGAGCACACUAAACACAUUGCCAUCUUGUGAGGGAGAAAAUUCUAAAGUGAAUGUUCCCAGCAAAGAGCAAUGUCCUGACAUAUUUACCAAAGCUCUCCGACGCAAUCAGUUUAGUUUCCUGAAAUCCGAGUUGGGCAUGAUCAAUCCUCAUGCUAGCUCCAACUUGAGGGGGAGUAUUAGGAAAGCACACAUUCAGUCAUAUCCUUGA